UUUGAGGAGAGCACAUAUCAAGAUCACAAGCAAAAUUUAUAUAUAACAGAAGCCCAAGUAAUUUAUAUUCCAUCAAGUUUAAUAAUGCAUAAGUCUAACCAAUUAGCGAUAUUUUUCGUAGGAGAAUUCAAUUACCUUUUUGAUUGCAACUGAUUUCGAUAGAAAACAACACAGCUUUUAUCAAUCUCGGCCACUGUUCUUCUUCCCUAUUCCUGCCACCGUCGGUCUUCCCCUUUUGCCACCGCGGCUCGGCCUCUUCUCCUUCUCUUUUCACAGCCGUCGGUCUUCCUUUCCUCUCACCGCACCACCAUCCUCCGCUCACCGCACCACCGUCCACUUCUCGCCGCCGGUGAUAAGUUUCCACCUCGCUGCCGUCCAUUCACCUCGCAGCUGUUUGCCCACCUCCGGUUCCGCCUCGCUGCCGUCGUUCAUCCCCCGCCAGUUUUGUUCCUGUAGCCGUUUGCUGAUAGCCGCUGAUUUUGCCAUCGUCUAUUCGUGCUGCUCCUAUUCUCAUCAUUCUCCUCUCCUGCGGUUCUACCUUUCAACAAGCAGUCGUAUCUUCGAGCGAUUGAACGACACAGGAUUGUACGUGUGUAGUUUGCAAAACCGAUGUCUACAUAGUUCGAUCACGGAAAGCAUAUAUGCACAGGGUUUUGAAAUGGAUUCAUCAAAUGGGUCAGUAAUUGAAAGCAAUCCGGAUGCUGAAAUCAAAUCAUUUUUUGACUCAGCUCCUCCUUUGAAAGACAGUGCUGCUAUUUCCAACAAAUUGAAGGAUUUCAUUCACCUAGAUGAUGGAACAGCUAGAAGAAUUGUGUGUGUGACCUCUGGUGGCACCACAGUUCCCUUGGAACAGCGAUGCGUUCGUUAUAUUGAUAAUUUCAGUUCAGGCCAUAGAGGAGCCACAUCUACUGAGUAUUUUAUCAAGGCUGGAUAUGCGGUGAUAUUCUUAUAUAGGAGGGGAAGUUACCAGCCGUAUUGCCGCUUUCUUCCUGAGGAUCCACUUCUUGAGUGUUUCGUCUCCACUGAUGGCUCAGAUAUUCAAGUGUGCCAAUCAUAUGCUGAGGCAGUGAAGAGAGCAAUUAAUGAUCAUCAUGCUGCUCUGGCAGGUGGUCACUUAUUAAAGAUUCCUUUUACAACCACGUUUGAAUAUCUUCAGAUUUUACAAAUGAUUGCAAUAUCAAUGAAUAAUCUUGGCCCACAUAGUAUGUUUUAUCUUGCUGCUGCAGUGUCCGAUUUUUAUGUACCUUGGAAGGACAUGGCGGAGCAUAAAAUUCAAUCAGCAUCUGGUCCGCUGGACAUGCGACUCGUCCAAGUGCCGAAGAUGCUCCCAGUGUUGAGGAAAGAAUGGGCUCCCUUAGCCUUCUGCAUAUCAUUCAAGCUCGAGACAGAUUCAAAGAUUCUUUUAGAGAAGGCAGAAACGGCCCUUAAAAAGUACAAGAUGCAUAUGGUUGUUGCAAAUGAACUAAUGACUCGGAAAGAGGAGGUGACAGUUGUCACAGCUGAACAAAAUAUUCCAGUCCGGCGUGAGAAGACUCAGCCUGGUUCCGACGUGGAAAAGCCUCUGAUUGAACUACUUAUAGAAAAGCAUUCAGCUUACAUCAAGGACUCUCACAUGUGAAUUGUGAUCACAGACUAUCAGCAUCAUAUAGGCGACGUAUACUGCAAUUUUCUUUGAACUUGCAACAAUGCAACAGAUAUUGUCGUUUUAAAGCAGUUUUGCAUUUUGUUCUUAUGGUGAAUAAGAAACCUUACAUAAAUUAUAGAGCAUAUACACUAUCUGUAUACUGUAAGAAAACUUGCAGAAUGGAGCUAAGGGAAACAAUCGAACUCCGUCUAGUUAUGUUAUGAGUUCGGAGAAACUUUUGAUUAAUUCCCGAUAUCCGUCUCUUAUUGAUAGAAAACCUUUUAUCA